GCGAGGGUGCAGACAGAGCCUCAGCUGCCGCCGCCCCGCUCCUCGGCAUCCAGGCUGCGCCCGGCCAGAGCCCGCCCGCUGCCAUGUCCUCUGCUCACUUCAACCGAGGGCCCGCCUACGGGCUGUCGGCCGAGGUCAAGAACAAGCUGGCCCAGAAAUAUGACCACCAGCGGGAGCAGGAGCUUCGGGAGUGGAUCGAGGGCGUGACGGGCCGCCGCAUCGGGAACAACUUCAUGGACGGCCUCAAGGACGGCAUCAUCCUUUGCGAGUUCAUCAACAAACUGCAGCCGGGCUCCGUGAAGAAGGUGAACGAGUCGACCCAAAACUGGCACCAGCUUGAAAACAUCGGCAACUUCAUCAAGGCCAUUACCAAGUACGGGGUGAAGCCCCACGACAUCUUCGAGGCCAACGACCUGUUUGAGAACACCAACCACACCCAGGUGCAGUCCACUCUGCUGGCCCUGGCCAGCAUGGCCAAGACGAAAGGAAACAAGGUGAACGUAGGGGUCAAGUACGCAGAGAAGCAGGAGCGGAAGUUCGAGCCAGAGAAGCUUCGGGAAGGGCGGAACAUCAUUGGGCUGCAGAUGGGCACCAACAAGUUCGCCAGCCAGCAGGGCAUGACGGCCUACGGCACCCGGCGCCACCUCUACGACCCCAAGCUGGGCACGGACCAGCCCCUGGACCAGGCCACCAUCAGCCUGCAGAUGGGCACCAACAAGGGAGCCAGCCAGGCCGGCAUGACGGCCCCCGGCACCAAGCGGCAGAUCUUCGAGCCGGCGCUGGGCAUGGAGCACUGUGACACGCUCAACGUGAGCCUGCAAAUGGGGAGCAACAAGGGCGCGUCGCAGCGCGGCAUGACGGUGUACGGGCUGCCCCGCCAGGUCUACGACCCCAAGUACUGCCUGACGCCCGACUACCCCGAGCUCGAGCCCGCCCACAACCACCACCCCCACAACUACUACAACUCUGCCUAGGGGCCUCCCCCGGCCCGCGCCCCCCCCAGAGAGGCUGCCUGCUGCUCAAGGCUGGACCCAGCCGGGCCCCACCCGCCCUUCUCCCCGCAUGGCGUCCUCCAAGCCCCUGGCACCUGCCUACAGGGUUAGAGUUGGGGGACAGCAGA